AUGAGCAGAAGUGUAAGUUUGAGUUUAAGUUCAAACGAGAAAUCUUCUUCAAGUUUUUUCUCAACAAAAAGGUCAAAUAAAAAUAUCGAAGAAGAUGAAUAUGGAAAGAAGAGAUUACCAAGUUAUGAUAGAAAACAUUUGAAGAAUAAAUCCAAAGGUCAAAAAGUUGAAAAAGAUACAUAUUCGGAAGAUGAUGAUAAUAAUAAAAGUAAUAAUGUAGUACACGAUAAUGUAUCAAAAGAAAAAAAUUGGGAUAAUAAUAAUAAUAAUUAUUAUUAUUAUAAAAAGAAAAAAAAGAAAAGAAAAGACUACCAUUCUUCUUCUAGUAUUAGUGUGAUGAGUUUAUCAUCUUUUAGUAAAGAUGAUGAUAGUGAAUACAAAGAAAUCAAAAGGAAAAAUAAGGAUAAUGCGAACAAGAAAGAAAGCUCUAACUAUAAAAAAAAAAAGGAAGAUAAGUAUAACAAACGUGAUUGCUAUCAAUAUGAUAAGUACGAUCAUGAUAAUUAUAAUGACCAUGCUCAUAGCUAUAGUAAUCAUUCCAGUGAUAGGAAAAAAAGAAAAAAAUAUAGAGAAGAGAAACAUAAGGAAAAGAAAAAGAAAAAAAAAAAAUCCUAUUCCUCUAGUAUCAGUUAUUAUGAUAAUUAUAAAGACGACAAAAAAAAAAAAGAAGAUCGAAACAUAUCAAAAAAUAAUAAAGAUAAAAGAAAAAAAAGAUACAGUAGAUCAAGUACUGUUUCUUUUUCUAGCUAUUAUGAAGAUAUAAGCGAUAAUAGCAAUGAAAGUGACACUAUAAAAAAUGGAAAAAAUAGAAAUAAAAAAAAAAAUAAAAAUAAACAUGAUAAAGAAGAAAAAUAUUAUACAUCAAAACAUUCAGACAAAGAAAAAGAUUAUUCUCGAAAAAAAAAAAAAAGGGACACGAACGAAUCAUUAUAUUCAAUAAGUUUAAGUUCAUAUGAAGAUUUUAAGAGAAGAAAACACAAAACAAAAAAGGAUAAGGAUAAGGAUAAUGGAAAGGACAGUGAUUAUUAUGAUGAGGAGGGUCAUAUAAAGGAACACACGGAAGAAUUAUUAAAAGAAAAGAAGAAAAAAAAUAAAGAAAAAAAAAGAACAUGGAAAAAUGAAAAACAUGAAGACACAAGUAAAGAUUUCUUUUAUAAUAAGGAAAAAACACAUUCUUUAGAAGGGACAGGAAAUGAAAAGAAUAGUUAUUUUAGUAGGGAAAUAUCCGAAGAUUUCUUCGCUUCCAAUAGUAGAAAUAAAAGUAGAAUAAGUUCUAGUGAUUCUUAUUAUAAAAUAAAGAAACAUGAAUGUAAGGAUAGGAAAAAAAGAAAAUAUGAUGAAGAAAAUUUAUUAUUAAGAACAAAGAAAAAGAGGAAAAGACGAGAUAAUCAUUAUACUGAUGACAAUUAUGUUAGUGAUAAUUCUUAUAGUAGUAUGUAUCGUAAUAAAAAUUAUACGACUAAUCGUAAAAAUGAUCGUGUAAAUAAUCGAACCAAUAACCAUACAACCUAUCGAAAUAAUGAUCGUAUAGAUUAUCCUCGACGUAGUUCAUAUAGGGAAGACAUUUCCAUUAAAUAUUAUGAUAAGAAGGAUUUAGAAAAAGAGAAGUAUAUUAAAAGAUACAAUGAAAAUGAAAAAUAUAGAAAUAACGAUUUUAUAUCGAAAUAUGAUAUUAAUAAAAAAAGGAAAAGUUCUUCUAAUUAUGAUAUAUCAUCUAAAUAUAAUAAUUAUAAACGUUCAUCUUAUAUAAAUAAUAUAUCUAUUAAUACGAACAGUCGUUAUUCUAACUCUCACAUGAAUGGAAUUGAUAAGAUAGGAAUAAUAAAUAGGGAAAAAACAUGUCCUUUUCUUCUUCGGUUGUUUUAUAAAGUGGAUAAAGAGUAUAAUGUUGAUGAUAUGGAUAUAUUGACUAAAGAUAAUAAUAGUAAUGAAUUACAAAUAUAUGCAUGGAUAGAUAUCACUAUGAGAGAAAUUGUUACGCUUGUAAAAGAUUUCUAUAAAGAUAGUAGACAAAGAAAUGCUCAAUGGGUUUUUAAAGUUUUUUCAUAUGAAAAAAAAAAAUUAACAUUCUUAUCAAAGGUACAUAGUACAAUAUAUAAUUAUAAAGAAGAUAAUAAAACCUUACUAUCUUUAAAUUAUGAGAUUGGUGAUAUUAUACUACUAUCUAUUAUGUUGGACAGAAAAUGA